CGCUUCCAUUUCUAUGUUCUCGAUCAUCAUCUCGUUCGGUUGGUCUGAAGAGCGAAAGCGCGAUCGGAGAACUGAAAAUCGAGAUGGCGGCCGUGGCGGUUGAGGUCGCGGGCGGAGGAGGUACGUUGUCGGAUCUGUAUCAGAGCGCGAGGCGAGCGUUGCUGAGGACCAGAGAGGGAAUGGAGAGGCUGGAGAGGCUCGAAUCCUUCUCCUCCGGCGGCGGCGGCGGCGGCGGCGGACUCGAAUUGCAAGAGCUCUCGAGCUCCAUCAAGAGGGACAUCGCUCAGAUCCAAUCAUUGUGCGCCGAGAUGGAUCGCCUCUGGCGCUCCAUCGCCGCCAAGUCCCAGCGUGAUCUCUGGAAGAGAAAGGUGGAACAGGUAGCUGAAGAGACCGAAUCAUUGAAGGAGAGUUUGGAUAAGCACUUCCUGAGGAACCAGAAAAGAAUGAUGGAAGCGAAAGAGAGAGCAGAGUUGCUAGGAAGAGCUAAUGGAGACUCUGCACAUGUUUUGAGAAUUUUCGAUGAGGAAGCUCAAGCAAUGCAGUCUGCCCGCAAUUCAGCCCGGAUGCUUGAAGAAUCCUAUGCAACUGGAGUAGCUAUCCUCUCAAAAUAUUCUGAGCAACGGGAACGCUUAAAGAAAGCUCAAAGGAAAGCUCUGGAUGUUCUUAACACUGUUGGACUCUCCAACUCCGUGUUGAAGUUAAUUGAGAAGCGACACCGUGGUGAUAGAUGGAUCAAAUAUGGGGGCAUGAUUUUGACCGUUGUCAUACUGUUUUCAUUCUGGAGGUGGACAAGAUGACA